AUGAGCCGUCACGUCAAAUUAAAUGAUUCUACAAAAUCUCAGCAUGCUCACACUGUCGUUUUAACAAACGGCAACCUUGAUGACAAUUUUGAUCUCAGUGAUGAUGAUAAUUUAGACAACAUCCUUGAUGACAGCGAUGUUGAUGAUAAUUUUAUGGAUGCACUUGGUGACUUUGAGCUGAAAGAUUUUGAUAGAGAGAGUCUUGCCCUCCUGACAUCUGUGAUGUGUGGAAGAGAUUCACCAGCUUAUUGUGUUUCCGAUAAUGAAAAUGAUGAAGCCCGUGAACUUGAUGCACCAAAAGAUUUGCCCCCAAAAGGUUCACAAGCUAAUGAAGCAAGAAAAAUGCUGGUAUUGAUACUGAUGACGAGAAAGCAAUCUUUAAGGAAAUUAGAGAUGAGAUUGAAAAAAGG